GUCAGUUCUCGUGGUCACGAGUUAUGCCCAUAUAUGUACAUAGAGCAAUCUAUACAACUAUAUAUAUAUAUAACUAUCUAUCCCAGCCACAGCGUCUUCGUCUUGAAGCCGUCACUUUGAGCACAUCUUCAUCUUAACUAAGGACAAAGGUUAUAAAUCUGCAAGUAUGGUUAUCAAAAAGAUUCAUGGUCGCCAAAUCUUUGAUAGCCGUGGUAACCCCACGGUUGAAGUUGAUUUGUGGACUGACAAAGGAAUGUUCCGUGCUGCUGUCCCUAGCGGUGCAUCUACUGGUAUCCAUGAGGCUUUAGAAAUGAGAGACCAAGAUAAAAAAAACUAUCAUGGAAAGAGUGUUUUUAAAGCCGUUGACAAUGUGAAUAAAAUCAUUGCAAAAGAACUUCCGGGCAAGCAUAUGGACGAGAAAGAUCAAACUGCUGUUGAUGAAUUUUUGCUUAGUCUGGAUGGAACUGAAAAUAAAAGUAAGCUCGGUGCCAAUGCCAUCCUCGGUGUCUCCCUUGCUGUCUGCAAGGCUGGAGCUGCUGCCAAGGGUGUUCCACUGUACCGCCAUAUUGCUGAUUUGGCUGGUAACAAAGAAGUUAUUCUUCCAGUCCCUGCCUUUAACGUCAUCAAUGGUGGUAGCCACGCUGGUAAUAAACUGGCCAUGCAAGAGUUCAUGAUUCUCCCAACCGGUGCCAAAUCAUUCACUGAAGCUAUGAAAAUGGGUACAGAGAUUUAUCAUCAUCUCAAGGCUGUCAUUAAGAAAAAAUACGGACAAGAUGCCUGCAAUGUUGGAGAUGAAGGUGGCUUUGCCCCUAAUAUUCAAGACAACAAAGAAGGUCUUGAAUUAUUAAAAACUGCCAUUGCUAAUGCUGGUUACUCUGACAAAAUUGAGAUUGGUAUGGAUGUGGCUGCAUCUGAGUUCUGUAAAGAAAAGAAGUAUGAUCUGGACUUCAAGAACCCUAAUUCUGAUUCCAGCAAAUGGUUAACUUCUGAUGAACUGGCUGAUCUCUAUAAGGGUUUUGUCAAGGAUUACCCUGUAACUUCAAUUGAGGAUCCAUUUGACCAAGAUGAUUGGGAAGCUUACUCUAAGUUUACUGGAGAAAUGUCAAUCCAGAUUGUUGGAGAUGAUCUUUUGGUCACCAAUCCCAAGAGAGUUCAGAAGGGAAUUGAUAUCAAGGCUGCUAAUGCCUUACUACUUAAAGUUAACCAGAUUGGUUCAGUUACUGAAUCCAUCAAAGCCUGCAAGAUGUCUCAAGAUGCAGGAUGGGGUGUGAUGGUUUCUCACCGCAGUGGUGAGACUGAAGAUACUUUCAUUGCUGAUUUGGUUGUUGGUCUUUGCACUGGACAGAUCAAGACUGGAGCUCCCUGCCGAUCAGAACGUCUGGCAAAAUACAACCAAAUUCUGCGUAUUGAAGAAGAGUUGGGUUCCAAAGCCAAAUUUGCUGGCAAAGACUUCCGCCACCCUAAAUAAAUUGCGUGAUGAAAUUCCUCUCUUCUAUUUCCAUCAUUCUUUUGACUCUGAUUUAAAAAAAAGAACAGGUCAAUUUUUACUGUAUCUUGUAAAUUUAAUUUGUAAUAUCUGUAUAACCAGAAUAUAUACAUCUUUUAGAACUCAUGUAAUGCACGGGUACUAAUAAAAGUACAGAUAAUAAUAAUCGGGA